ACAUUCUGACACCACAUCUUGGAACAAAGUUGACUUGACGUAGUCUUGUUUAUCUGUUUCUGCCUUGAUGGCAGACUGCCAUUCUGGUAACUGUUGAAAGAACUUUGAGGCACUCUUUCCUUUAGAGGGGGUCCACAACCUGCCUGUCUCCCAGCCUCCGACAACAACCCAUCUAUGAUCUCUCUUCUGCUGAGGUUGAAGAACAAUGGAAUUCCUGGAAUUCUUCAAAUUGGAAGUGAAUGGCACCAUGGUGACAGUGGCUCUGGUCCUGGUUCUCUUAGCCCUUCUGAAAUGGUAUUCCACUUCUGCAUUUUCCAGCCUUGAAAAGGUGGGCAUUAGACAUCCCAAGCCCCUCCCUUUUAUUGGCAACAUGACCUUCUUCCAACAGGGUUUUUGGGAAAGUCAUAUGGAGCUGAUAAAGACAUAUGGACCACUGUGUGGGUACUAUCUUGGCCGUCGGAUGUACAUUGUGGUGCAUGAGCCACAAAUGAUCAAAGAGAUUUUGGUGAAGAACUUCAGCAACUUCACCAACAGAAUGAUGUCAGGGAUGGAGACCAAGCCUGUUGCUGACAGCAUCCUGUUUUUGAGGAACAAGAGAUGGGAAGAGGUCAGAAGCGUGCUGACUCCUGCUUUUAGUCCAAAGAGGCUGGAUGAGGUGAUUCCCUUAAUCAGCCAAGCCUGUGAUCUUCUAUUGACUCACUUGAAGCCUUAUGCAGAGUCGGAGGAAGCUUUUGAUAUCCAGAGGUGCUAUGGCUGUUACACUCUUGACGUGGUUGCCAGUGUGGCCUUUGGAUUCCAAGUGGAUUCUCAGAAGACCCCGGACAAUCCUUUCGUGAAGCACUGCAGACGUUUCUUUCAAUUCUCCAUUCCUAAAUUUGUUAUGAUUUUAAUCUUGGCAUUUCCGUCCAUUAUGAUCCCACUGGUCCGGGUUUUGCCCAACAAGAACAGAGAUGAACUGUGUGCCUUUUUUAAUAAAGUCAUCAGGAAUGUGAUUGCUCUCCGAGAAAAGCAAGCCAAAGAACAGAGACGAAGAGAUUUCCUCCAGAUAUUCCUAGAUGUCCGUGGUUCUUCUUCCUCUGUUGGUAUAGAGUUUUUUGACAUUGUCAGACAGAACAUUCAAGAUAGAGACCCUCCCACUCACCAAACUACAUCCAAUGUGCCACAGAAGGCCUUGACUACAGAUGAAAUAGUGGGACAAGCCUUCAUCUUUCUAAUUGCUGGAUAUGAAACCAUCACCAACACCCUCUCCUUUGUCACCUACCUGUUGGCUACCAACUCUGAGUGCCAGGAGAAGCUCCUGAGAGAGGUGGAUAAAUUCAGUGAGAGAAACACUAUCCCCAAAUUCUGCACACUGGAAGAAGAAUUACCCUACCUGGACAUGGUGAUUGCAGAGACCUUGAGGAUGUACCCACCAGCUUUUAGGUUCACUCGCGAAACAGCAAAAGACUGUGAAGUGAGGGGCCUCCAUAUCCCAGCUGGGGCUAUUGUGGAAACAGCUGUUGGCUAUCUGCAUCACAAUCCAGAAUACUGGCCAAACCCAGAGACAUUUAUCCCAGAGAGGUUUAGCCGAGAGGCAAGACAACAGCAUCUGCCCUUCACAUACCUCCCAUUUGGGGCAGGUCCUCGUAGCUGCAUCGGAGCAAAGCUGGCCAUCCUGGAAAUCAAGUUGACAUUGCUCCGAAUUCUUCAGAAGUUCAAGUUUGAAACCUGCCCUAAGACUCAGGUACCCCUGCAGCUGAAGUCUAGAUCUGCUCUAGGACCCCGAAAUGGAGUCUAUAUAAAGAUUGUACCCCGCUAAAACAAAAUCAUGCCCCUCUCCAUUGUCUGUAUUUCUGAAAGGGAGCUUUUCUCACUUGCAGUCAUUCUCAGCCCUGGAAUUCAACAUUACAGGAAUACUCUUGAGUGGAAGAAACCCAUUGUAUGGCUAUUCCACCUUACAAGAAAAUACAGUGUAGAAAUCUAUUUUGUGGAUACCUAGCAUGCCAAUGUAAGAAAUGAAAUAUAUGGUGCUAUACUGCCAUACACACUCUAGACAUUUAAUAAAGGCUUGUUGUAGCAGCUUG